AACAGAGUACAUGCCUAUUUCUGUCGUAGUACAUGCGUAUUUCUUUAAGUGCAGUUUUUAAAACACAUCUUAAUAGAAAUCGUUACAGUAAUAAGGAAACAAUAAUACUAGUUAACUGGCAUGUGGCUUGUCUCGGGCUCCUGACAAGCCCGAGCCAAGGUGAUAUUUUAUUGGUAUUUUCUGCGGAGUGCUGUCAGAGAUUCCUUCAGUAUGAAAAUUAAUAUUCCCACUGCCGCAUAUGAGUCCUACUUCGUAAUAAAAUCCAGCUAUCUUCAGGUUUGCACGGUUAUUGUGUGCCUCAUAGCACGGUGCAAUGCGGGUGCUCUCCGAUGAGAUGGCGCACUAUCUGCGCAACAUGGAAAACCAACCGGCGGCCGUUGAGAUCCUGGCCGAGCUCCUGGACUUCCCGGACAUCCGUCUGGACCCUGCCGCUCCCCCAAGGCCUCCUCCAGGAGACCGCCAUGUCUCCGUCCAGCACCGCCUCCACCUCCACGCCCUCCUUAUCCGCCUCCUGGACCUCCUGGACUACCUCCUGGAGCGCGGCUGCCUGUGCCGCGACGCCUGCCGUCUCUUAGUCCCCGGCGCUCGCAUCUUCCGCGCCCUGGCGUUGAGCAUUCACAUGUACACACUGAAAAUGGAACACGAUCGACUCAUCCGCAUCGCGUGCCUGGAGAUGCAUCUGGCAAAACUCAGUAAAGGUCUCCACGUUAGUGACUUCGCGCAACGCGCCUUCGUCGAGUACUUCGCCACGUUCGAGUUUGACCGCUUCGCCACCCUUCAUGAUCAUAUCUUUCAAGCGAAUUGGCAACGUGAUACGGUGGUUGUUAGUCCGGAUUCGUUGAACGUCGCACAGCCGUUGCAUCCCGAAUUUGACCGGUUGAUGUCGGUGGAUAAAAUGGAGGAUAACCUGGCGCAUUAUCACGCAGCGUGCGGGGCAUUAGCGCUGCAGCGCCAACUGCGCGGGGAGCUGUUAGAUGAGGAGUUGGAGGAAGGGUGGCGAAAGGUCAUCCGCGAGGAUACGUCCUUGUUGAAUUUGUCGCAGGAUGUGGAAUUAAGUGCGCUACAAGGAAAUGCCGUUGUGCCGGUUGUAGUGGCGAAGAAAGGCGAGAAAGCCGGGAAGAAAGACAAGAAAACGGCUCCGGACACGCCCAUAACUGUCCCCCCGUUCCGUCAGUUAAUCGUUCCGCUAGUCCGCAAUGAAACCCACAGCCACGCCCUCUCUUUACUACAGUCCACCGGCGCUUUCAGCAGUCGCAUGAAUUUCCUCAACGGUGUGUUGCGCGAAGACUGCACCCUAGCGGCGCUACAGCACCAGCCCAACCCCCUGCAGGCGGCGGUCCAGGCGGCGGAGGAGGCCGAACGGGAGCGGCUGCGCGCCAUCCAGCCAAUGCCGGUGUAUGCGUCGCUGCUGGCGGCGGCGGCGGAACCGGCGUCGAAAGCGGAUGUUAAAGAAAAAUCCAAGAAUAAAUAAGAACUUUUUACUAAUUAACGGGCGGCGCUAGCGACUGAUGCUGCGACACAGAGGAACGCCGGCCGGCGCCUUUGGGCGGCUGAUGUUGCAUACGCUGCCAUUUGCGCUGGUCAUCGCGGCGGAUUUCCCGCACUUCUACACGAUCCCGCACGCCUGUAAAUUUAAAAAAGAUAUAAAUAAUCUGAAAAACAAACGUAAAUAAAAUAAUAUUGAAAAUAACAGAAGAUACAUAAAAUUUAUUGAUGAUAAAUUAGCGAAUUAAAUAAUAAUUAAUUAAGUGGUUCUGAAAUUAUAAAGUACAUUAGGAAACUGCGUAAAUCAUUAUUUGGAACAUCCACCUUACAUAUUAUAAUGCAACGUUACAU